GGACUUGAUCUGUCGCUGCUACACGUGGAUGUGAAAUGAAUCCCGCAGACCCUUGAAUGCAACGGAUUUCAUCUCCUGUGGAAGCGUCUUUUCAUCAUGGAUUGUCAAGAAAAUGAGUACUGGGACCAAUGGGGGCAUUGUGUCACCUGCCAACAGUGUGGUCCUGGACAGGAGCUCUCUAAGGACUGUGGUUAUGGAGAAGGUGGAGAUGCACACUGUACAGCCUGCCCUCCCCGAAGAUAUAAGAGCAGCUGGGGCCACCACAGAUGUCAGACGUGCAUCACCUGUGCUAUCAUCAACCGGGUCCAGAAGGCCAACUGCACAGCCACCUCUAAUGCAAUUUGUGGAGACUGUCUGCCUAGGUUCUACCGAAAGACACGCAUUGGAGGGCUACAGGACCAAGAGUGCAUCCCAUGCACAAAACAGACUCCUACUUCUGAGGUUCAGUGUGCCUUCCAGUUGAGCUUAGUGAAGGCAGAUGCACCCACAGUGCCCCCUCAGGAGGCCACCCUUGUUGUACUGAUGAGCAGUCUAUUAGUGGUGUUUACGUUGGCCUUCCUUGGGCUCCUUUUCCUCUUCUGCAAGCAGAUCUUCAACAGACAUUGUCAGCGUGGGCGUUCAUUGAAAUUUGCAACUGAGAAAGCAGCAGAGGAGUCUCUCUUCCCCAUGCCACCUGGCCAGGAGACCUGCCCUGAGUUUCCAGUGAAUGAGAGCAUCUUUGAAACCAAGCCACUUAACUCCAUCCUGGAUGAUGACUGCAGCUCAACUCAUGGCUUCCCUACCCAAGAGUCCUUUACUAUAACCUCGUGUGCCUCAGAGAGCCAUUCCCAGUGGAUCCAUACUCCCAUCGAAUGCACAGAGCUAGACCUGCAAAAAAUUUCCAACUCUGCCUCCUAUAAUGGAGCUGAAGCCUUGGGAGUGAACACAGCUGAUAGCUCUGAAGAUAGUUUGGAGCUCAGUGUGCCAUUUGAAGUUCCUAACCCUUAAGUACUGAGGUCUUGUGUACUCCUGGCAGCCUUUCUCAGGCAUUUUCACUGGAUUCUCCUGCCCUGAUUUUAUACAACAGCAGCCUGAGUCUGGAAUGGAGUGUCCAUAACAGCCAGUCCUCUAUAAAUAGGGUGUAUCAUGUCCCAUCUUGUCAGAGGAUUGAUUCUUCACUAUUUUCAUAAGACUGACCUGAAAUAGUUCUUGCUUCUCUUUUCUGGCUCUUAAACCAAAUUCCUUGUCAAUGGGACUGCUCACUGUUCAGCAUUUUCCUUAUCUUGAAUUGAUUAUAGAGGAAAGGGGAGAGAAUGACAAUGGAUAGAAUAGUAUUUUCCUGCCUGCAUUUUUGGUCAGGGAGACCUGAAGGAGAAAUCUGAAAGAACUCUAUUGACAUUUACCUACCA